ACGCUAGAUCCAGUUCAUUCAUAGAUUUUGAGAGUAAGCGUAAAGUUGGUAGAUGAAAACAAAAUACUAUUAACUGUUAAAUGUUGGAUGAAUAUUUUGAUGUUGCAUAAGUGAAGUAUUAUUUUACAAGUUGGAUAAUACAGUGAAUAACACGGAACCUUCCGAAAUGAUUAUGGACGGUCUUGACACCUUGUCGCAGGUUGCUUUAGCAGAAACUGUUUGCUUUGAUAGUUAUCAUGACGCGGGAUUUGGGUCUUUUAGGCUCCCUUCAGAGUCUAUUGAGGAACUUAAUACCCCUGUUACUUCAUCUUCGGAUAUGGCAUUCUUUGUGGAUACCUUGGAUCCUUUACCGAUCACAGCUUCUGCAACACUAGAAGCCUCGGUGAAUCUCCCGGAAAGACUAACUGAGACCCUCUUCAAUAUCAGGCCACAGACAGCACAGAACAACAACACUAACAACAUAAACAACAACAUUAGAGGAAACACAUGUGCAUCAGACGCACAACAUAAGGGCAACUACCCACAACAACUCCACUACAAAGGCACACUGGUCACCACAUCCGUGACCCCAACAUCGGGUAGCAAUGAUCCUUCACAGAACCUCAACUUCUUCGCACCCUUGUCGCCAUUCUUCAACAUUUUGUCGCAGACAAUGCAGGGCGCACAAGUUCAAGCACAGGUCCCGCAAACAUCAUCAUGCGAUAUGGCCUGCCAUAUUCAACAACAACAACAACAACAAGCUGAUUUCAAUGCUAUCAUUUCAACACUUGCAGAUUGUCAGCAAAGUGGGUCUGGUUCCUUGUUUAGUUCGGCGCCGACUACACCAUCACAACAGUCAAUGGCUGGAUCCCCGCCACCAGACAACAUUAGUAUGGGACAACAAAGUCCGUGUGACCAAUAUUCCACAGGGUUUGCUUCUCCGUUGACCUCACCGGUUACACCAAGUUCAACUCAAUCCACACCUGAGCCUCAGAUGCCCGUAUGUAGUGAACUUGACAUAGAGCAAGCGUUCUCUACCCCACCACCACCGUACACAGCUCCAAGCGUCUCAUAUUGUAACUUUCAAGUUAAACAACAGAAGCCGGUGUUCAGUUGCUCACAACAACAAAAUGAGGCUACCCCGUACUCAACUGGGAACAUGAGUGGACUUAACUACCCCAGUUGCACGGGAGUUAAUGUAAACGCUCAACAGACAAUGCCACAGUUUCAAUCUAGUGACGUCACAUAUCAUUCACAGUCAUCAAACAUUGGUGCUAAUUUCAAAUGUACAAUACAAGGCACAGUGACAGGUGUGCCACAAGUGCAGUCGCACUUACCUGAUUUUAGCGCGUUACAGCAGACGACAAUUCAGCAGAGAUCGACGAGCGUUACACCGCCAAUGUACAGCAACGUUCCAAUAAAAACCGAACCUGGUAGUGAACUAUCUAAUGACUCUUCUUUCCUCUUGCCUUCUACUCCACAAAUGAAUUUUGAUCAAAGUUCGUCAUCAAAAGCACAACUCCAUGGAAUCUUAAAUCAGCCUUAUCAACAAGGUCAACUAAAACUGCUACCGGUGAAGCCACGUAAAUACCCAAAUCGCCCGAGUAAAACGCCCCCACACGAGAGGCCAUACCCGUGCCCGGUGGAUAGUUGUGACCGAAGAUUUUCGCGUAGUGACGAAUUAACGCGCCAUAUUAGAAUACAUACUGGACAAAAACCAUUCCAUUGUAGAAUCUGCAUGCGCUCUUUCUCGCGCAGUGAUCAUCUUACUACGCACGUGCGCACACACACUGGCGAAAAGCCAUUUUCAUGUGACUCUUGUGGAAGAAAAUUUGCGCGCAGUGACGAGAAAAAAAGACACGCAAAAGUGCACUUAAAACAAAAAGCUAAAAAAGAAGCAAAACUUUUAGCGGUUAAUCAUUCUUUACCGUCAACAACAUCCCCGGUCAUGAUGGACACUUUGUCGUUUGGUAUGAACACAACAGCGGCUCAAAGUGGGUCCAGUGUUCCCCACGUAGUGACGACAACGUCAUUAUAAACGUUAUUCGUUAACAUUUAGAAAUCAAACUUUCCAAUUUGUAAAAAAAGGUGAAAAACGGUUCAGUGUACAGAAUUGUUACGUUAGAACAUAUUGUUCAAUCAAUUUUGAUAUUUUUAAAUUUAAUAUUUUUUUCUAGUCAUAGAAACGUUGGUAUAUUGCACACUAAUUUGUGCAGUUUUAAAACAUUUCAUGAUAAAAAAAAGUUUCAAAGACAUUUUUUUAAAUACUUUAUUUUUAUGUACAAAAUUUACUACAUUUCAUUAAUAUAGUUGUGCUUAAAGUGAAGAAAAAUGUGCUAUGUUUUUAAUUAUUUUUUUCAUUCAUUUAUUAUUAUAGAUGUUAAUACAUUAUAUAAAUAUGUAAUAUUAUAUUUUUAGGUCAUUAUAUAAAUGUAGCGAUUUUUAUACAAAUCGGCAAUGUGCUGCGCUUAAUUUAUCCUGCUAACGCUUCAAAUAAUGCUAUCUGUUUUUAAAUUCUCAAUAAAUUAAAUAUUUGGCUAUUAAAUUCUUGAAUAAGAAGUGCUAUUUUAUUAUGGAUUUGGCUGCAAAAUUUCCGUACUAAAACGUUCAAAUAUCUCAUCAAAAUUUCAAGAUAAGAAUUUCAAGAUCUUUGCACACAAAAUUAAAACUACAUUGUACAUGUAUGCUUUAAAAUAAGAGCUGCUUAAGCUUAGACUAUGUAAAGAUUUUUAUCAUUUAUAAUUACCAAAGAAAAGAAGAAGAAAAAACACAUUUUGUUAUGAUAACUACUCAUCUUUUGGACUUUGAGAUUAAAUAAUAGCCAAAGAAUAAAUUGUGUUAGUGCGCAACCGGUUUUAAGUGUGUAACGUCAAUGUAUUAUAAGUACCCUAUCUAUUGUAGAGUCAUUAUGUUUUGUACUUGAGAUUUUAAUGUUAGAUCUAAAAGUAUGAAUGUUGUUUUUUUUUUUCGUGUAACAGAUAAUCUUUCUGUUGUUAAAUGAGGAUUACAUAAGGCAUUUUAUUUUCAUUUUUGAUUAUUACAUCUGUUAUUAAGAAUCUUUAUUGUUAUGUUUAUAUUUUUUUCAAAUUUGACGUUGUUGUUAUACUGGUUACGUAUAUUUUAAUAGAUGAAUCUGUUGAGCAGAGUUUUAAUGUAUGUUUUUAUCUUUACAUCAGUUGUGUUGUAAAUUGUUACUGUUUUGUACACUUAGGAUGCUUUAAAAUUAUAUGCUUUAACAACUGCAAACUUACCUUUACUCAUUUCAUCUUUACAUGUUAAUAAAAAUGUCAACUUUAUCUUAUACGCUGUUACAUUUAUUAUUAUUAACUUCUUGAUAAGGCGGUAAUAAAAAAACUCAUAACGAA